AUGCCUGUCCACUAUCUGAUUCUCCUGUCGCGCCAAGGCAAAGUGCGUUUAGCAAAAUGGUUCACUACCCUAUCACCUAAAGACAAGGCCAAGAUUGUCAAAGAUGUUUCCCAACUGGUGCUGUCGAGACGCACUCGCAUGUGCAAUUUCCUCGAAUAUAAAGACCAGAAGGUAGUCUAUCGUCGUUAUGCGUCCCUCUUCUUCAUCGCCGGUUGCUCCGCUACCGACAACGAAUUGAUCAGCCUUGAAAUCGUGCACCGCUACGUCGAGCAAAUGGACAAGUAUUACGGCAACGUCUGCGAACUAGACAUUAUAUUCAAUUUUCAAAAGGCGUACUUCAUCUUGGAUGAGCUACUCCUGGCCGGGGAAAUGCAGGAGAGCAGCAAGAAGAAUGUUUUGAGGUGUAUUAGCCAGCAAGACAGUCUUGAAGACAUCGAGUAUCUACCUUUGCCUCAAAUUGAAGAGGUGUCGAACGCCUUGAACUUCGAUACCCCUGAUCUACACGUCGUCGGUGGAUGCGAUCUGUACAUCACGAAGGCAGCGUCGGACGAUCGCAAACUGUAUAACAAGAUCGAACAAUCUUUGGAAUCGCAGUACGAGUCGCUCCUCAAACUAUCCGCAUCCCUAUCACCUCCGAAGGCGUCCGCUCCGAAUAAUGUUGCGCUCUCCCUGAACUUGUCGCGAUCAAGUCCCUUUGGUCCUCUCACCGAACAUUCAAGUCGCAGGACUUUUGCCUAUUUGAUCGCAACGCUAAAUGCGAGCCACUCCGACUACGAUUACAGCCAUGUUCUACGACCUACUGAUUUCCGCCGUGAACGGAGUUUGAAGAAAGUCAUGAAUACUCUGGAUAUGACGCUGCACAAUUUGCGACCCCAUAUGCGCGACGAUGGGACGCCAUCGCCUCCAAGUGACUCAUUUUCGGGCUCUUACAGUUCCAGUGCGGGUACAGCCUGGGGACCACGAAUGUGGAAGACCAUCGACGAGGAGAUGUCGCUUAAUGACUGCGCGAUAUUUUCCUACUCGCCCGAAGACGACAUAAAUGACGACGACGACGGAGCAAUUUGGAGUCAUAACUAUUUCUUCUUCAACAAACAGCGCAAACGUGUCUGCUACAUUUACCUACGCGGUAUCCCGAUUAUGAGUCACGAUGAUGACGAGAUUAUGGCUAUGUGGGAAGAAGAUGGUGUUGCGACACCUGUCGGCAAGCGGGCUCCCGAGGAGUCAUACUUUACGCCAGACGUCACCGCGAUGAAACGUCAGCGAUACUGGCUUGGUGACUUGGCUUCUGAUGAUGAUCCCAUCAGUUCCACGACUCGUCGCAAGGGUGCUGUACGCGCAAUGAGUGAGGAAAUGGUCGACUCUAUGGAAGUCUAA